UCCGCUGUUGACGGCUCUGUGGUAAAAGGCGUCGCUAGUAAACAGCUCCGAAAACUCACAGCGGACAUUAAACCUGCAAACACCGAGGAAUCGAACCUCCUCCGCGGCUCGCACCACACACACGCUGCUGCCCGGCUUCCCGGCCCCGUCCGCGGGUGUGUCAGUGACGGUCAGCCGCUCGAAGGACUGCCGGGGCGUUAGCCAGCUAGCCCGCUAGCACCUCCACCUAGCCGUAGCAGCAGCAGCUAGCAGCUAGCUAGCUUUAGCAUUAGCGUCAGGAUGAUCGCGCUCAUCAACAAACUGCUGGACUGGUUCAAGGCUUUGUUCUGGAAGGAGGAGAUGGAGCUGACCCUGGUGGGCCUGCAGUACUCCGGGAAGACCACCUUCGUCAACGUGAUAGCGUCGGGGCAGUUUAGUGAAGACAUGAUUCCGACAGUUGGCUUCAACAUGAGGAAGAUCACUAAAGGCAACGUCACCAUCAAGUUGUGGGAUAUCGGCGGUCAGCCUCGCUUCAGGAGCAUGUGGGAGCGUUACUGCCGAGGAGUCAGCGCCAUCGUUUACAUGGUCGACGCAGCAGAUCCAGAGAAAAUCGAAGCUUCAAAGAACGAACUCCACAACCUGCUGGACAAACCGCAGCUGCAGGGAAUUCCUGUUCUGGUUCUGGGGAACAAGAGAGACCUACCAGGAGCUCUGGAUGAGAAGGAGCUCAUAGAGAGGAUGAACCUGUCGGCCAUCCAGGACCGAGAGAUCUGCUGCUACUCCAUCUCCUGCAAGGAAAAGGACAACAUCGACAUCACCCUCCAGUGGUUGAUCCAACACUCCCGGACUAAGAGGAGUUCCUGAGAACAGAGACACGCCCCCUACCAAACAGGCCACGCCCAUACACCCUGACACACCCUCUCUCUGAUCCCUCCCCAACCCAUCUCACCACACUAUCACCUUCCC